AUGGAGAUAUGGCGAGAUGGAGUCUCGAGGUCACCACAUUGUCGGCAUCGAGAUCACCCCUCCUUCUCCUCUACUCUCCUCGACACCAUCUAUCGUUCCAUCGACGAUGAACACUUCACCAGCGGAGGAGUAGACUCUUUCUCUGCUAAGAAAAAACAGAGCGACCCCAGCAGAUUGAUUGCACCGCUGAACCAAUCACAAAUGACUCGAACGGGAAGCGAGUACUGGAGCAGAAGGAAGCCCUGCUCUGUGACAAAACAAACAGCAAAUCGAUCAGGUACCGAACACUGGACCACCGCUACCUCAAGCUCCUCCGACGGGUCAAGCUACGGAGGUUUCUCCUCCUCCGAAGCAGAAUCGGUCUCAAGCCGCCUUCCCCCAACCAGAUUAUCAACCAACCUGGCCCGAUCCUGCCGAAACAGGCCUGCAACAUACCCACCGCAACCGCAGCUGCCGACCGUCACCAGAGUCGACGAUAUGAGAGCGAAGAAGGAACGACACGGCUCGAUUCGUAGCCGGUUACUGAGCGAGCUAAGAAAAGGGAGAGCGCCUGCGUCUCCCGGCGCUCGCCUCGCUAACUUUCUCAACUCUCUAUUCCCUGCGAAAUCCAAGGUCUCAAGAAACCCCGUCGACAGCGUCGAUAAGCCGGCAUAUUCUUCACCGUCGGCUUAUUCUCGAUCCUGUUUGAGCAAGACGCCUUCGUCGAGGGGACAGCCGGCGUCGGAGAAGAGAACCGUGAGGUUCUGUCCAGUUAGUGUGAUCGUCGAUGAAGAUUGCCGUCCUUGCGGCCACAAAUGUGUGUACGGCGGAGAUCGACUUUCCCCCGCGCUCCCGGCGGCUGCGCCGCCGGUAAGAAGUGCGACGGAGUUGUUGAGGAGAUCGGAACUGGAAGAGGAGGAGGAGGAGGACGCGGAUGCGGAGAGCGAUUCGAGCUCUGAUUUGUUUGAGUUGGAGAAUCUGGCGGUUGGGCGGUUCCAGGACGAACUGCCGGUGUACGAGACGACGCGGCUGGGGAUCUACAGUGGUGUUUCGCAUCGUUUGGUUUUAUGA